UCCAGUGCCUGGGUACAGGAAACCAGAGGAGGUUGGAAAGCGAAAGUCAAAUGUACUGAUGUUGACAAACAAAGCCAAGGGACUUUCCGGAAAGCAAGCCUGCCUCCCUUAGUCAGAACUCAUAGUCCGUCCUGUGUGUAUGAGGCAGUAACUGAGAGAGAGACAAAGUGACAAAAACAAGGACCGACACAAUGGAGGACGAGAAGAGCUAUGACCCCGGUGACAGGACACUCAAGUUUGUCAACAGACAGGAUGACAUUACUCUGGAUGAUGACCCUGACAGCUUGAAGGCAGAGAUGUCCUGUGGUCAUGCAGUCACCCCACAGUCACUGACCGGAUGGUGUAAAAGCCUACUUGCCGAUGGGCAGCACGAGUUCAUUUGUCCUGCACUCAAUGACAACCAGAAGUGUGGUGCGGUUUGGUCUUAUCAGGAAGUGCGUAGGCUGGCUGCUCUGACUGCCCAGGAAAUACAAUAUUUUGAGGAGACUAUUGCCUCCUUAGCUUCCCCCAAAGUCAAAUCAUGCCCAGGCUGCAAGUCACUGUUAGUGAGACAGAACACGUCCAACUUAUGCGUCCAUUGCCCAGUGUGCUCUGCAGACAAGGGCCAGACUUACCAGUUCUGCUGGCAGUGCCUGAACCAGUGGAAAGGUCGGGGGCCGCGCUCUGACCACUGUGACAAUACUGGCUGUUCCAACCAGAGGCUGCAGCUGCUGCAGAACUGUCUAACUGUCGCCUUGCCCCAGGUACAUGGGGUCACUGCCUGCCCUUCCAUGCGUGCCUGUCCUACCUGUGGUGCACUAUUGGAGCAUGACAAGACCGCUUGUAAGAAUUUACUCUGCCCGCGUUGCAAGAAAGAAUUCUGUUUUGUGUGCCUUAAGCUCAAAUCUGAGUGCAUGAAGACCAGCUCACCAUACAAAGCCUGCUCUGCUGGUGUUGCCCCCAGGCAGACCUCCAUACCCACCUKGAGUGGUAAUUGAAGACUUUAUGCAUAUAUAUUUAUCACUUUCCCUCCUAUGAGCCAUCUGAUSCAAURYACUUCUCACARGAUAUGUUAAGAUAGCAAUACAGUAUUUUUAUGAGAGUUUUAUUGUUAAGAAUGAUGAAUGAGGUGAUUAUAUAAUGUAUAUGAUAUUAUUUUCGUAGUAUCUUUAUUAUCAUAUUGUUACUUUACUUUUAUCAAYRUUCUAAAGUCCUACUGCUARUGUCCAUCUAAG